CUUGAGCAUCGCUCUGGUCACCUGAUAGUGGCCUGCAUCAUCGGACAAAUCAUUAUCCUCGUCUACCAUCUCACAGGCCCACCAAAGUCGCUGUCCCGCUCACUGGGUCUGAACACGGAGCCAGAUUUCUCCCAUCUUGCCGACCACUGCGCCCGUAUCUCCCCGAUACCUGCUAGUUCUUUCGUGCAGCGGCAGCAAGCGCUUGCACAGACCCUGAAUGCUUCAGCCUAUAUUGCCGAGCCCGGCGCGAGCGCCGGAUAUCUGCUAAUUUGUCGGAGGCACAAUGAUUCUCCUCAGAAUGACCGCUAUUGCUUAUCAUCUCACCUGAGGUCGAUGCUGUGAAGGCUCCAGUCUCAGUAAUGACGCCGGCAUUCGAGGCAACCCGCGCGAGGCUGCUUCUCUUUCCAAGUGCUUCUGAUACAUGGUCGGAUAACGUGGACCCCUAUGGUAUGACGCGAUCCGCAGUUCCUCACUUGCGGGAAGGAACGAAAUUCGUCGACGGGAUGCUGAGGAGUUUUGUUUCUGACGGCAUUCAGAAGGCAUCACCAGAGUCCAAGGUGAUGCUUGCAUCUGUUGAGAUCCGGCGGCUUAGGGAGAGGAAGAGCGAGGAGGAGCUCGAGAUCAUGAAAUGCGUGAAUGAGGUCACUAUUCUAGCUAUUCAUGCAGUACGCAAGAAUAUAUACGUAGGUAUACGUGGGUCCAAGGCUCGUCAGCUUAUCGUGAAGGCGCUCUCCGCUGCCGGGCUGCAAAACCCAAGUGCCCUUAUUUUGUUUAGAGAAAAUGCCGCUCUUCCUCAUGGCAGCGGCACGGAUCGCGUGCUGGGAGCGCACGACUUUGCUUUGAUUGAUUCUGAUGGAUCACUGCACGGUUAUCACAGCGACGUCACGAGGACAUUCGCUCUCCCUGAUUCCACAGUCCACGCAGCGUACCUGAGAUUAUGGCACCUUGUGCAUUCGGCGCAGGCUAAUGCACUCGACGCCGCACGAAAUGGGACAGCCACUGCUG